AUGUAUGCCAAUGCAGAAUCCAAUUCUACUACGAAAGCCAAUACCACUAAUCCUCAUCCAGAACUGCAGUAUCUGGAUUUAGUACGGCAGAUUAUUGGUACGGGUGACCUGCGCAAGGAUCGUACUGGCACAGGCACUCUGUCGCUGUUUGCUCCUCCACAACUCCGAUUCUCACUGGCAGACAACACUCUUCCCUUGCUGACAACCAAGCGUACCUUCUUGCGUCCAGUGUUUGAGGAACUGAUGUGGUUUAUUCGAGGCCAGACAGAUAGUAAAAUUCUUGCUGGUAAAGGAGUACAUAUUUGGGAUGCCAAUGGGUCUCGGGAAGCGCUGGAUCGAGCUGGUCUUGGACAUCGUCAGGAAGGUGAUCUUGGUCCGAUCUAUGGGUUUCAGUGGAGACAUUUUGGUGCUAGCUAUGAGAAUGCUGAUACCGACUACACUGGUAAAGGGAUCGAUCAACUUGAGAAGGUUAUUGAGCAACUUGUUUCUAACCCUACAGACCGUCGUAUUAUUCUCAGUGCAUGGAACCCUCUUGCAAUUCCUGAUAUGGCUCUUCCUCCAUGUCAUAUAUUGGCUCAGUUAUAUGUAUCAACUCCGUCAGAAACUCACCCAGUACCUCGACUUUCGUGUCAGCUCUACCAGCGAUCGUGUGAUAUGGGCUUGGGAGUACCAUUCAACAUAGCUAGCUAUUCUUUACUGACAAUCAUGCUAGCUCAUGUAUGUGGGUUUGAACCUGGCGAGUUUAUUCACUGCCUCGGAGAUACGCACGUUUAUUGCAACCACAUUGAUGCACUACAAACACAACUGGAACGCACUCCUCGACCUUUUCCCAAAAUAUUCAUCAAAAGAAACGAUACAGGAACUCAGUCAUCUGAUACUGUUGAAUCUACAGCACAAAAAGUUGCUCGCUUGGUACGAGAAAUGGAGACUUUUGAAUAUGAGCAUAUAGAUGUGGUUGGAUAUACUCCCCAUAACAAGAUUGCCAUGGAUAUGUCUGUAUGA